GUGGACUACCCGUCGCCGCUCCUCUCCCUCUUAAGCCUCAGCCGCCGCCCAUAAAGAGGAGAGCGAAGAAGAUGCCGGGCCCCGUCGUCCAAGGAGAAGAAGAGCAACUCAUCUCCUCCCUCAAAGAGGAGGAGGAGGAGCAGCGGCAACAAGAUGAAGAAGAAGAGCAGCAGCAGCGACAGCAGCUGGACGAUGCUCCCGUCAUCGAAGACGUCAAGGAGGACGAAGACGACGACGACGACGAUGACGACGACGAUGACGAAGCCCAAGGUGAACAAGGAGUAGGUGCAAAUGACAGCUCCAAGCAGAGCAGGAGCGAGAAAAAGAGCCGCAAGGCAAUGCUGAAGCUUGGGAUGAAACCUAUUACAGGUGUCAGCAGGGUUACCAUUAAGAGAACCAAAAAUAUCUUGUUCAUCAUAUCGAAACCUGAUGUCUUCAAGAGCCCAAAUUCUGAGACGUAUGUCAUGUUCGGUGAGGCAAAAAUAGAGGACUUAAGCUCCCAGCUACAAACACAAGCUGCCCAGCAGUUCAGGAUGCCGGACCUCAGCAGUGUUAUGGCCAAGCCAGAUGCAUCCGCUGCUGCUGCACCAGCUGAUGAGGAUGAGGAGGAAAUAGAUGAGACUGGAGUGGAGCCUCGUGACAUUGAUCUUGUUAUGACACAGGCUGGCGUGUCUAGAGGGAAGGCUGUUAAGGCUCUCAAGACCCACAAUGGAGAUAUUGUCAGUGCCAUCAUGGAGCUCACUGCCUAACUGGCGCUACCUGUUUAGGUUCAUUUCUGGUUGAUGUCUUGUUGAAGUUUGCCGCAUUUCCAUCAGCAAUGUGUUGGAUACUUUUGCGAAGCAUAAAAUUAGUUGGUUUUGAAGCGAGAUUUUUCAAGUUGUCUUAAAUUUGCGCCCCAUCAGGGCCUAUGAAAACACUCCCAUUGUGGCAUUCUUUUCGACUUACAUCAUAAUCUUUUCUGCUGCUAA